CCGCGAAGUACAACUAAUAAUAUACGUAAAUUAAAUUUUGGAGUAUUGUAUAUUUCAUGAAACAUGUUGGUCAUUUGUUCUUUACGCGAUAACAAAAUUGGAACAGCAGCGCAUUGCAGCUACGAUGCGCGAACGGAACUGUGUCACUUACACUCGUGGUUGCAGCCAUGUGAGACGAGAAUGAAACGGCUGCCCUAUUUCUUCUGGUCACUCGGACAUCGAUACUUUCAAUUGAAAAUAAUACGAUAUGCUGAAAUACAGUUGCCAUUAUAUUUUUCCACAAGUGUAUCGCUAAAUAUCGAUGGCUAUUUUGUUGAAGAUUCCACUAUUAUGCUGAAGAUGGAGCAGUAUUGCCGAAAUUGUUAUUAUUUUUUUGUGUUCUUUUUGCUUGCGAAAUAAAAACGGUCAUCUAAUUUUUGCUCUUCUGAAGGAAAAUUGACUUAAAAAAAGUGCGCGCACUUAAAAAAUUUAUCAAAAUUUAGAAUAAUUAGCCGGAGAUUUUUCUACCAGAAAAUCGGAGAUUUGUUCAGAAAAUUGCUGAUUAAAAAGGGAAAGGUGGCAACCGCAGUUGAAACAUAUCUAAUAGAAUAUGAUCGGCGUAUCACUUUUUUUUAGCUAAUAUUUACUGAAUUUUUCAAAUGUUCGUAGUU